AUGAACUUCUUGCAGCAACAGCAGCAGCAACAGCAGCAACAGCACCUGCAGUCUCAACAAGCGCUGUCGUCGUCACCACAGAUUACACAGCUUCAGUUGCAACAACAGAUUCAGAGACAACAGUUGUUGAGUCAACAAUUGCAGCAACAACAGCAGCAACAACAACAACAGAUAGGAACACCUCUUGCACAAACAGUGCAUACAGCUAAUCCUUUACUAGCAGUAUUGAAUGGAGGAAACCCACAAGGUUCAAACAACCCAGGUAUGGGCUCACUUAGCUCGAACCCCGUAUUACAACAACUACAACUUCAACAGUUGCAACAACAGCAGCAGCAACAGCAACAACAGCAACAGCAACAACAACAACAGCAAUUGCAGCAACAGCGACCAAGUCUGCAGCAGCAAAUGGCACAAUCAUUCAACCAGUCGAUCCCAAUCAUUAAAGAAGUUUGGGCACAUAAUUUAGAGCACGAGUUUCACAACUUGCGUAAAUUCAUCAACGACAAAAGCUGCAUGGUUUUUGCAGCGAUACACGAAGAGACUCCUGGAAUAGUGGCAAGGGCUAUUGGGUCAUUCAAAACAAACACGGAUUACCAUUUCCAAACUAUUAGAUGUAACUCGGAUUUGCUCAACUUGAUCCAGUGCAGUAUUUGUUUUACAAAAGUGAAGGAUAAUGUUGUGAGCAACUCAGUCAUCUGGCAAUUCAAUUUCGCUUAUGACCUCACAAAAGAAAUGUAUAAUGAAGAGCACUUGGCCAUGCUUUCGCAACAGUCAUCUAUUAAUUUUUCGGCACAUUCAUCGCAUGGAAUCAAGUAUCAAGAAUUUGCAGAGUUGUUGAUUGAUAGUGGGUUGCUUCUUGACGAGUCUGUGAAUUGGGUCUCUUUCCAUGCCGGGUACGAUUUGGGCUUUUUAAUCAGUUUAUUGAUGAACCAAGGUUUACCUGUCGAUGAGCCCGAAUUUUAUUGGUGGUGCCACAAGUUUUUCCCCAACUUUUACGAUUUAAAGUAUGUUGGAAACCAAAUUCUUUCCGGUGAUGAGAAAUUAAACAAGCCGUCGAUAGAGUACUUGGCAGAGGAGUUACAUCUUUUGCCCAUAUCGCCGGUUAUUCGUCAACUAUUUGGAUCAAACAUCAACAAUAACAAUCAACUUACAUCUACUUUACAUGCUUACCUAUCCAUGGAGUGCUUCAAGGAAAUUUUAAGACGCGCCAAUUUCGAUUUAAACACACUUGCAAAGUUCAAGGGUCAUAUCUGGGGAUUAGGAUCCUUUAUGGCGGACCGCGAAGAGAAUGGUGAUGCUGCUACUGGGCCCAUGACACCUAGAAAUACGAAAUCCGGUAUAGUUAAUUUAAGUAGAGCAUAA